UGGAGGAUCAAAAUGAAAUUUCUUAUCUUUCAUUCUGUGUAUUGUAGUAACUGUACUGUACUCAGAAACACACCAGACCGAAGUUAACCGUGGCAACGCGGGUUCGCCUUGGAACACCUACCAAACACAAUCAUUCAUACUUGCUAAACAAUUCUCACCAUACCUCAAGAUUUUUGUUACAAAGACAAGAAAUUGGUGAGAUUUUCAAUGCUAAAAGCAAUACAGAAUCUUGGUUCUGUGGCUUAUUAUUAUAGACUGAAACCACCACAUGCCGCUAAAACUAAUGCUUUUGUCUCAACCUCCGCCAAACCAUUAUCCUGUUCUUCUCCAAUAACCAGACCCACAAAUCCUUUCAUGUUUUUGACUCGAAAGACUCGGUCUUUGGGACCUGUUCGUGCUCACUCAACUCCGUCUGAGUCUAAGAUGGAUGGAACCUCUUCUUCAUCUGUUGCUGUUCAGUCAUCUGGAAGUGCUCGCAAGAUCAAUUUCUGUCAGUGGUGUGGUGGCCAGACAAAACAUGAUAUACCUGAUGGCGAGGAAAAGAUGAGAGCCAUUUGCACACUUUGUGAGAAAAUUUCCUAUCAAAACCCUAAAAUGGUGGUGGGAUGCCUCAUUGAGCAUGAUAACAAGGUCCUACUCUGCAAGCGAAACAUCCAACCAUCACAUGGCCUCUGGACCCUUCCAGCUGGUUACCUGGAAAUUGGUGAGUCUGCUGCAGAAGGGGCAAUCAGGGAAACCUGGGAGGAAGCACGUGCAGAAGUGGAAGUCGUGUCACCUUUUGCUCAAUUGGACAUCCCUCGUAUUGGCCAAACUUACAUAAUUUUCUUGGCAAAGUUGAAGAAGCCCCACUUUUCACCUGGUCCAGAGUCAUUGGAGUGCCGACUUUUUUCAAUUGAUGAUUUACCUUUGGAUUCCUUGGCAUUUUCAUCAAUGGUGGUUACUUUAAAGUUGUACAUUGAAGAUGUUAAAGCUGGAAGCCGAAAAUUUCACUAUGGCACGAUUAACAAGAGGCCUGGCUCGAGCCCUUCUGAUACCCAUGCCUAUACACUUGAUCAUCAUUUGCAGUCCUGAGAAUGGGGAUCUGUUUUCCUUUUCACAUGAGGUGAUUAACAGAUUGAAGCAUAAAAUGUUUAAUAGCUGGGAUUGACAUUCUUUGAUUUUUCAAAUCCAUGGUGGAGGCUGAGUAUGUGAUGGGAUCAGCUGCUCGAUGCAUUGAAGCAACCGUCUAAUGACACCAGAUGGAUCCUUCAGCAACCGGAGAGUCUUGAAGAGGCCAUUUUUUCAUUUGCAAAUGUGUAACUUGUGUUUGAUUGUUAGCUACAUCCUACAUUCCAUCCUAAACGUACAGAAAUGUGCUUUACUAUUGUGCAUUGCAUAAAAACUUGUAAGCGAGGCUUCCUCUUAGUUCACAUGUUCUUCUA